AGAGCGAAGUGCGACAGAAAGAAAACUGUGUGAGCGAGUGACUGAAGGCGGCGGGGGAGGAACUUUCUCUCUCCCUCUCUCUGCGCUGCUGGGCUCAUUAUUUAUUUUUUUAAUUUGUGGGAAGGGGACUUUUACGUGAAAAGUAAACUGAACAACCCGAAAAGAUGGCGGUUUGGAUUCAGGCCCAGCAGUUACAGGGGGAGGCUCUGCACCAGAUGCAGUCGCUCUAUGGGCAGCAUUUCCCCAUUGAGGUGCGCCACUACCUGUCCCAGUGGAUCGAGGCCCAGCUAUGGGAUUCCAUCGAUUUGGAAAACCCCCAGGAGGAAUUCAAGGCAAAGCGAAUGCUGGACACUUUGGUCCAGGAGCUGCAGAAGAAGGCGGAGCACCAGGUCGGGGAAGACGGCUUCCUGCUCAAGAUCAAAUUGGGCCACUACGCCACGCAGCUUAAGAGCACAUACGACAGGUGCCCCCUGGAGCUGGUGCGAUGCAUCAAGCACAUUCUCUACACUGAGCAGCGGCUGGUGCGCGAGGCCACAAACCAGUCGAGCUCGCCCGGGGGCGGGAUGCUGGACAGCAUGUCUCAGAAAUACCAGCAGAUAAACCAGGCCUUUGAGGAACUCCGUAUGAUGACACAAGACACAGACAACGACUUGCGCAAGCUGCAGCACAACCAGGAGUACUUUAUAAUCCAAUACCAGGAGAGCCUUCACAUCCAGGCCCAGCUCAGCAACCUGUCCAGCCUGCCCCCAGCAGAGAGAGUCCUGAGGGAACCUGCCCUCCUGAGCAAGAGGGCCACCAUGGAAUCCUGGCUGACCCGGGAGGCUAACACACUACAGAAGUACAGACUGGAUCUGGCGGAGAAGCACCAGAAGACCUUGCAGCUCCUCCGGAAACAGCAGACCACCAUCCUGGACGACGAGCUGAUCCAGUGGAAGCGACGACAGCAACUGGCUGGCAAUGGUGGCCCGCCAGAGGGCAGCCUGGACGUGCUGCAGUCCUGGUGUGAAAAGCUUGCGGAGAUGAUCUGUCAGAACCGGCAGCAGAUUCGGCGAGCAGAACAUCUACGACAGCAGCUGCCCAUCCCUGGACCUGUGGAGGAGAUGCUGACGGAGCUCAACAGCACUACCACAGACAUUGUCUCUGCACUGGUCACAAGCACCUUCAUCAUUGAGAAGCAGCCACCUCAGGUGCUGAAGACACAGACGAAGUUCGCUGCCACCGUGCGGCUUCUGGUGGGGGGGAAGCUCAACGUGCACAUGAACCCCCCCCAGGUGAAAGCCACCAUCAUUAGCGAGCAGCAGGCCAAGGCUCUACUCAAAAACGAGAACACCAGGAAUGAAAGCAGUGGAGAAAUCCUCAACAACAAUUGUGUCAUGGAGUACCACCAAACGACCGGCACACUCAGCGCGCACUUCAGGAACAUGUCCUUGAAGCGGAUUAAGCGCUCAGACCGACGAGGGGCUGAAUCAGUUACUGAGGAGAAAUUCACCAUCCUGUUUGAAUCUCAGUUCAGUGUGGGGGGCAAUGAGCUGGUGUUUCAAGUGAAGACAUUAUCGCUUCCUGUUGUGGUGAUUGUUCAUGGAAGCCAAGACAACAACGCCACGGCGACAGUCCUAUGGGAUAACGCUUUUGCCGAGCCAGGGCGGGUGCCUUUUAUCGUUCCAGACAAGGUAACGUGGCCACAGCUAUGCGAAGCCCUCAACAUGAAGUACAAGGCGGAGGUGCAGAGCAGCCGGGGUCUGUCAGAGGACAACCUGGUUUUUUUAGCUCAGAAGGCCUUCAGCAGUUCAAGCGUAAAUCCCGAGGAUUACCGUAAUAUGACCAUAUCCUGGUCACAGUUCAACAGGGAGAGUUUACCUGGCAGGAACUUCACGUUUUGGCAGUGGUUUGACGGAGUCAUUGAACUCAUGAAAAAGCAUCUGAAACUGCACUGGAAUGAUGGGGCGAUUUUGGGCUUUGUGAACAAACAGCAGGCUCAGGACAUGCUGAUGUCCAAACCCAACGGAACCUUCCUGCUACGCUUCAGCGACUCUGAAAUCGGGGGCAUCACCAUCGCCUGGGUGGCAGAGAACCCCAACAAAGCAGGAGAAAGGAUGGUGUGGAACCUCAUGCCGUACACAACCAAGGACUUCUCCAUACGAUCGCUGGCAGACAGAAUCAGCGAUCUCAACCACCUUCUCUUCCUCUAUCCCGAGCGGCCGAAGGAUGAGGUCUUCUCCAAAUACUACACCCCACCCUUAUCAAAAGCGGUUGAUGGCUACGUGAAACCCCAGAUCCGGCAAGUAGUGCCAGACUUCACUACUGCCAACCCUGACCCGACCGGAGGAAACCCCACCUACAUGGAUCAUGCGGCUUCGCCAUCUAUCAGCCACCCUCAUAACUAUGGAAUAUACCCUCCCAUGAAUGAUCCAAUGUUGGAUGCAGAUGGAGAAUUUGACCUGGAAGACACCAUGGAUGUUGCAAGACAUGUGGAAGAGCUGCUGCGAAGGCCAAUAGAGAACCAGUGGAGUGGACAACAGUCAUGACCCUUUGCCUCUAACCCUGCAAGCCACUAAGUGAAAGGAUUUCCCACUGGUUUGCUUCCAUUGUUGUUCAGUUUAAUAACCAUAAUGUGAAAUGUUAAUAAUGGUUGUUAAUCAUUAGUUUUUUUAUUAUUAUUUUUUUGGUUUUACUCUAAGCAUGCAGAUUCUGACAAUUACUUUUUCACUGUAUGUUUUUAUGUGUACCUGUUAAACAGACAAAAAAAUGAAGAAGAUGUUCUAUUAUGGACAAGACUGUGGAUGUACCACAUACAAUUGUAGUUCAGUUUAUAACCUGCUUUAAAAAAGAUCUAAAUAAUUUUUUAAAAGUUAUGUGUUGAUAAUUGGGAGAGUGGGAGUGACACAGGAGCACACAAUUGUUUUAAUUUGCAGUAAUUUUAUCAAAGUGGUCUGUAGACAUGCGGUACAAACACCAACAGGAAUACUGACAGUAUCAUUGUUAGUGCUUCAGUGUUUUCAACUUUGUACAGCUGAAAUUCAUUCCGAGUUAACAGUACUUAGUGAGGGAGUUGUUUCCAUUUUAAGAUGCUAUUUAAUUUUUAUUUCCUGAUGCCUGCCGUGUUCUUAAAUGCUGUGGCUGUGCAAGACUACAGGACACUAAAGACGCAGUUGAUUCUCUCUGCUUACGGCACGGUUAACAUGUUUUCUAGUGUUACAUCCUCCCCCGUCCCAUUCUGACAGGACCCCACCCUCCCUGCUUCUCUUAUCACCAAGGUACUUCAGCACAGUUCUCUCGGUCAGGCAUGGUAAGGGUUCCUAACUCUCUGAUGUCCGUGGACCGGUUCCUGUUGCACACAAACUGCACAGACCAGUAAAAAGGUCCUACAGUAAAAUUUGAGGAGUUGGGGAGGGAUAAAAUGUUUUUGAAAAUAUGGGAGAAAUCAAUUUUUUUUAUGGAUCGCAGCAUUUUAUUCUCCAAUACAAGGCAAUCCUAUAGUAUAUGGGGCAAGUGACAACAGCAGGGUUCCGUGGCCCAGUACUGUCUGCAGACUGAGGGUUGGAACCCCUGUCCUAUCAUCGCACUGCUUGGAUGCUCCUGGGAGUUUUACUUACACAAAAAUGUUCUGGGGGCAGAAGGGAAAAUGAUUGGUUCAGAGAUUGCAGAGGAGCUGGCACCAAGACAUCUAAUUGGUUGGUCCUGCCUCUUCUAGUUGCUUUAACCCACGCUGUUUACAAUAUGAUUGGGUAUCUCUCUGAACCAAUCAUUUUUCCUUCUGCCCUCAGAGCAUUUUUGUGUAAGUAAAACUCCCAUAAGUUAUUUGGAUGCUCCUCAUUCAAGCUCGUCAUUUCUGAAUGUUAUAAAGCCUUUCUGCGAGAUGGAGCAUACAGUUUCUAUGACACCCUCCAUCUAUACAGUGCCUGUGUAUUUUCCAAGACUAAGGUCAGACCCCUGUGUUAUGCUUGGUAGGUUGUUCAGGUGAGACAACCAAGGAUCUUCAGUCACAGCUGGCAUCCCUGGGCCUGUUUGGCUCCACACCUUGCAUCCACCACAGCUGUUUAAAUAAAUGAGAAUUUCCACUCAAGCCACGUGUCUGUAUUUCGAAGGAGAUGGUGGAAUGCACCAAACAAUUAUUGCCAAAAAGCUGUUUGGUUUGUCCUGCUAUAUGGGAAACCUACUCCUUUUCUUCUGAAAGUAGGGGUGACUGCCCAGAUGUUGGAACCCUAAUUUUAGAAUUCCAAGAGAAGUUUGAGGUGCAAGUCACUAUUAAAAACAUUUCCUGUCACAUGCUGUACCUCCCUUGCUUGUUCAAUCCCAUUUGCCAGCUGACGCUGCCUGUCAGUCUGUGCCACAGGCUCAGGAAUCAAGCUGGAGACAGAUGUGUUACAAAACAAAUAUAUAUGAAUUAUGUUCUAUAGGAAAAUUAUAUUUUGCUACAAUUGACUUGCAUGUUUUAUUGCAUACCCUUUGAAUAUGUACUAUAUGCAUUGGGAAUAGGAUGGCAGACAAUCUGACAUUGCAGUCCAAGAUUAUUUUCCUAAGGUGAAAGAAAAUGUUAUAUUAGUGGCAGACUUUGGUACUUGUUUCCUUUAGAAUUUAUUUUUAGUGCAUUUCGAAAUGUUUUUAUUACAAGAACAUGUCAAUGAAAACAUGGGCAGUUUUUCAGGUAUUUUGUUUUUCUUGUUUUUUUUUAUUAUAGAUUUUGGGCAGUCCCACCCCCCCCCCCCCCACCUGUGUAAUGUGAUGUUUCAGCUCCUGUACAUUAGCUGGUUCUGUGUGUGCCAUGUUUGUUUCUGUUUUUUAGUACUUCAGUGUCACAAAGGAAAACCAAUUGAAAUAAAGUUUUAUAAUUGCA